AUGGCUGAGAAGCAGAAGCACGACGGGCGGGUGAAAAUUGGACACUAUGUGUUAGGGGACACUCUGGGCGUCGGCACCUUCGGCAAAGUGAAGAUUGGAGAACAUCAAUUGACAGGCCAUAAAGUGGCAGUUAAAAUCUUAAAUAGACAGAAGAUUCGCAGUUUAGAUGUUGUUGGAAAAAUAAAACGAGAAAUUCAAAAUCUCAAACUCUUUCGUCAUCCUCAUAUUAUCAAACUAUACCAGGUGAUCAGUACUCCAACGGAUUUUUUUAUGGUAAUGGAAUAUGUGUCUGGUGGUGAAUUAUUUGACUACAUCUGUAAACAUGGACGGGUUGAAGAGAUGGAAGCCAGGCGACUCUUCCAGCAAAUUCUUUCUGCUGUGGAUUACUGUCAUAGGCAUAUGGUUGUUCAUCGAGACCUGAAACCAGAGAAUGUACUAUUGGAUGCACACAUGAAUGCCAAGAUAGCUGAUUUUGGGUUAUCCAAUAUGAUGUCAGAUGGUGAAUUUCUACGUACUAGUUGUGGAUCCCCAAAUUAUGCAGCACCUGAAGUCAUCUCAGGCAGAUUGUAUGCAGGUCCUGAAGUUGACAUCUGGAGCUGUGGUGUUAUUUUAUAUGCUCUUCUUUGUGGCACUCUCCCAUUUGAUGAUGAGCACGUACCUACGUUAUUUAAGAAGAUCCGAGGGGGUGUUUUUUAUAUACCAGAAUAUCUCAAUCGUUCUAUUGCCACUCUCCUGAUGCAUAUGUUGCAGGUUGACCCCUUGAAACGAGCAACUAUCAAAGACAUAAGAGAGCAUGAAUGGUUUAAGCAAGAUUUGCCCAGUUACUUAUUUCCUGAAGACCCCUCCUAUGAUGCUAACGUCAUUGAUGAUGAGGCUGUGAAAGAAGUGUGUGAAAAAUUUGAAUGUACAGAAUCAGAAGUAAUGAACAGUUUAUACAGUGGUGACCCUCAAGACCAACUUGCAGUGGCUUAUCAUCUUAUCAUUGACAAUCGGAGAAUAAUGAACCAAGCCAGUGAGUUCUACCUCGCCUCUAGUCCCCCAACUGGAUCUUUUAUGGAUGACAGUACUAUGCAUAUACCCCCAGGCCUGAAACCUCACCCAGAAAGGAUGCCUCCUCUCAUAGCAGACAGCCCCAAAGCAAGAUGUCCAUUGGAUGCACUGAAUACAACUAAGCCCAAAUCUUUAGCUGUGAAAAAAGCCAAGUGGCAUCUUGGAAUCAGAAGUCAAAGCAAACCGUAUGACAUUAUGGCUGAAGUUUACCGAGCCAUGAAGCAGCUGGAUUUUGAAUGGAAGGUGGUAAAUGCAUAUCAUCUUCGUGUAAGAAGAAAAAAUCCAGUGACUGGCAAUUACGUAAAAAUGAGUUUACAACUUUACCUGGUUGACAACAGAAGCUAUCUUUUGGACUUUAAAAGCAUUGAUGAUGAGGUGGUAGAGCAGAGGUCUGGUUCCUCAACACCUCAGCGUUCCUGUUCUGCUGCUGGCUUACACAGACCAAGAUCAAGUUUUGAUUCCACAGCUGCGGAGAGCCAUUCACUUUCUGGCUCUCUCACUGGCUCCUUGACUGGGAGCACCUUGUCGUCAGUUCCUCCUCGCCUGGGAAGUCACACCAUGGAUUUUUUUGAAAUGUGUGCCAGUCUGAUCACUACUUUAGCCCGUUAAUGAUCUGUCUCUAAGUUUCUAUCUUUCUGUUAUUGCACUGUGAAGAAAUGAGAAAUCAGAUAUAUUCUUUAAAUUAUCGUUUUACUUCUGGGUAUUGCAUACUCUGUAGUACUGACUGAGAGAUAUAAAUAUCUCCAGGGACACUCAAUGCCAUGGAAAUUACUGAAAAUAUAAAAGUGUGACAUUUUAUUUAUCUGUAGACAUUUGUAACACUGUUUUGGCUAUGAUACAUUUACAUAGGCAGUAUCUUUAGUAGGUGAACAUCAGUGAAGAUUAUUGUUAAUUUAAAAUUUCGGGUUCAUGAAAGAUGAUUAAUACACCUUCAAUCCAAGGGUGGUUUGUUUGGCAAAGUCUCCUUUAAUCCAGUUUACUUCCUAAAUUUUAGCAGGUUUAAACUGUGUUUAUGCAUCCAAUUCUCCUGAGCAAAAUUAGAAAAUAAAACAGCCAUUAGUAAAUGGUAUUUGAAGGCUGAAAUCUUCAAAGACUGCCUCCAAAAUUUCAGAAGCCAAGUUCUUCUAGCAGUUUUUGUAAAUACUGUCUACCGUUGAACAGAAGGGCUGUGGUCCUGUAACAGGUAACCACAAUUUCCAGGUUCCUUAAAAAGAGCUAUACAACUCAGGGUUUUAUCUUGUGAUUUCCCUGAAUAAUAUAUUUAUCUUAAGAGUUUUUAAUAUUUGCAGUUGUAUUGGAAUAUUUAGAAUUACAACAACUUUUAUCUUUUCCAUCAAUUUACAUUAUUAUAAAACAUGGCUUCAAAAACUGCUUUUCUCAAAUUUUUUGCUCUGUUCAGUUUUGUGCUUAGCCAAGAAUGAUAAAAGUAGACAGUUAAAUGAAACAGCAAAAUAACAACAAUCCCUUAAAAAAGAACUCUUAUCUUUGUGUGUGUGUGUGUGUGUGUGUGUGUGUGUGUGUGUGUUGGAGGUGGGGGAAGGGAGUUGGGAUCCUCCUGCAUCCUAUAAUGCUAAUUCUUCAUUUGAAGUUUACCUUUACUAUGGCAACACUUCCACCCCCAACCAAAACCUUUCCUAAUCACUCUUGUCUUUGUUCAUUGUUUGAUCCUCAGUGGCUGAUUGACUUUGUUUUUCUGGUUUCCUUUCCUUGUUCUAUAUUGGGGUUGUUAGCCAUUCAGUUUGAAAACACUUUUUCCAAAGCUUGAUAAAAUGUGACCGUCACUGUUGAAUCUGAUAGGGCAGGGAAGCCUUACACAUUAAAAAAAAAAUCUCUCUUGAAUAAGUAUGUUUUGUUUACAAACAUAUGUAUUCACACACUAGUGCUUUUAAAGGAAAGCCAAACUUUUUCAUUUUGUGCAGGUUUUUAAAAAAUGUUUUGAAAAAACUAAACACACCAGGGUAGAUAAGAAAUAGCUCAUUGAUUAUGUUUUGUUUUAGUAAAAGUAUUUAAUUUUUAAAUUAUUUGUAAUUUAUCUAACUUGUAUUUAUCUAUUCGUUUUAAUACAUCAUAAUAAUUUCAUUUUCUUGAUUUACCCUAAAAAAGAUUAAGCUCUUAAAAGCAAAAGGUGACAUUGCCUUGACAUAUUUCUGUUUGCCAGAAAUCAUGUGUUUUCUACCAAGAAGCAAAUGGAAAUAUUAGACCACCUUUUUCCUGGGUCUAUGGAAGAUGACUAUUUUUAUCUUUAAAUAGUUCUUGUAUUAGGAGAUUGCAAUGUGUUACAUAUAUCAUAUUGUUUUGUACAACAUCUUAAAAAUGGUGUUAAAUAACUUCUACGUCUGACUUCUUAAUAUCAAAAUAAAUCUUUUGCCAAUUUGGGAAAGACAGUUGGGGGGCAGGGUUGCAGUUUGAGAUGCUUUAAGUUUUAACCUUUGAAAGACUGCCAUCUGGUGGCAUCAAAUGGUAAUUAUUUUAGUGAUUAUUUUUAUGGGCAUAAGCAGUUCUGUGGUGUUAGUCUGAUAUACAUUAUAGAAAUGGCAUAAAUUGGGCCUUUGCAAAUGCAUAAUUGCCUCCUUUGGGAAAAAGAGGGCCACUUCAUAAUAUUUGCCUAACUACAAAUGGGAUGACUUUAGAAAUAAGGAAUUAAUCUGAUUCCUAAUUCCUAAUGACAACAGUCAUAAUUUUGCAGGUAGAGAAGGAAUCCAGUGGCAUUUUAGCCUCAUUAGUCGAAUAAGUCAGAUAUUAUAAACUUGUUCAUAUCAAAAUUGAUUUUUAUAUGGAUGAUUAUUACCAUGCUUUUUGGAAAUUAAAGUUUUAUUUUUUUCAUUCUUGCCAAUAUUUACAAACAUCCACAGUUUGAUACCUGUUGAAUCUUAGGAGAAACAAAGGUCACAGUUUUAGUUUUUGUAUGCCAGACUUUUUAAAGCACAGCCAUUCUGUGAAUCUGGAUGGUGUAGGUAAUUGGUUUGUGCAAAAGAAAUUUCAGGAGGUUCACUCCAGAAUACUAAAUGCUAGAAUAAUGUCAUAGGAGGCUUUUUAUUGCUAAUGAGCAGGGAGAAGGAAUUUGCUAAUCCAAAAUUUCUUCCCACCUUUCAUUCUUGUAAACUGGUUAAUCGUGGAUGUGGUAGAUAGAUCUGGACUAGAUCUAAUUUAUUCCAGUUAAGAUUUGAGAGGAGAGCUUCUGCUAUUAGGUUAUAGAUAGGCCUUAACUAUGUCCUGUAUUGGACUCCACAUAGUUUUAGAAUAGAAUUUCCUAAAGUAUAUUUUGUGAUUUGCUCUGCAGAAAAAAGGAUUCCACAGAGUAGUUUGGAAAUAUUACGUGCACGAGUAUGACAAUGUAUGUGAGCAAUAAGGGCUUUGAGAAGCCCUUCCAUUUUGUUUAACCUUGCUUUGCCCAAACUAAUUUAAUGAUAAAAACUUCUUAGCUUGAAUGUUCCAUGGGAAAGCAAACUUGGAAAAUACAUUUUUAUGUAUUUAUGGAAAUUAUUGUGCCAGAUUGCCAUAAUUAGGGUAUUUAAAAAUGAAAUUAAGAUAGCACUUUCUUUCCUUUUCCUUAUCAGUUGUUGGAGAGAAUAUAUUUCAAAAUCAGAAUCACUUCAUUUUAACUUGCAGACAUGUUCAUCUUGAGAGAAUGCUAGACUAAAUAAUACUUUGUAUGUCUGCAAUUUGUUUCCCAGUGCAGUGGUUUUCUUAAUGCAGUUAUGGUGGUGUUUGGUAUUAUUUGGGAGCAGAAUUUAUUCUGUGUUGAUGGAUGACUGAAACAAGAUUACUUAUAAAAGGAAUAAGGGACUAAUGCUUAUGGCUCUGUGGGUAAUGGACAUAUCAUUGCCGCUUUAAAAUUUGCACAGUGAGUAUUUUCUAAAUACUUUUAUAUAGUGCACUGUAUUUAAGAUCUAAUUCCUGUCAGACAAAUUUCUCUAAUUGAAUACGCAAGGAGGGAGAUAGGAAAGCUAUUACAAGUUGGGUUUUUGCGGGGUGGGAAGAGGGGGUUUCAACAAACCUUUUAAGAGACAUUUUUGUAACCUCUAGUGUUUGCAGUCUUUGAUGCUAGCUGUUGAUAAAGAGAAUCCGGAAGCCUAAAUUAACCAGAAAUAAUAGUGUUAGUGGCUCUAUGUCUCUGUUAGGCUAUAUGUAACACAGUCCCCAUUUUUGGAAAACAGAUUUUCCAUGGCAGUUACGUGAUUUUGGUCUUGCUUUCUCUUAUUCCCUAACCAGUCUAUACUCAGGGAAUACAAAUUGAUUUUUUUAUAUUAGAUGAAACAUAAUUUAGAAAGUAAUCAUACACUGUAGCAGAUUUUUGACUAUUUGGAUUUAUCUGUAGCCUCUAUUGUGUGGUUUACAGAAUUGAUAUGAGCAUAGCAUAUUCCAAUUGUAAAAUGUAAAACCUUUGAACACGCCUACCACAGACACUGCAUCUUUGAUUAAUAAUGUGUAUCUUCUUAAUGGCCUUGAAAUAUCAAUAUGUAAAUGCUAGACUGUUCAUAGUUUUAUUUGUUUUUAAAGACCCAAACCUUUUCAAUCUGGCAUUUCUUUACCUGGUUAUUGACCAUGACAUGUUAAAUAGGAAAUGUAAUUAAUUUUAAUAGUGGUAUAAGUGCACUCUGAUAGUAAGUCAUGUUUUAGGUUGGCCUUAUUUUUAUAACCCUUAAUAUGAGAAGAAUAGAUUAAAGGGUCUCUAAGGUACCUUUGAGCCUUAAAGUUCCUUCUUUUUUCCCCUUUCAUAUGAUUAGUGUUAUUGUUCACUUUUUAUAUAUUUAAUUAGAGUUUCUCUACUACUGUGAAUAUUCUAUAUUUGAGGCAUUUUCAAGAUAUAUACUUGAAUCUUUUUCUGAAUACAGCUGCCCUCUUGAAUGACAGAAGUCAUUCAGAAAACCAAACAUGUUAAAACAUAAUAUCCAUUUGACAAAUAUUAAGCAAAACAUUACUAAUUAGGUGUGACAGAAGUGUUCCACAUAUUUUUAUAGUGAUUUUUAGAUUCAGGACCCUUCCGUAUUUACUAACUCAUUUAAUACAUUAUAGUAGCCUUGUGAGAUAACCAGAAAGAAAUAUUAUCACCGUUUUCCAGAUGAGGAAGCAAGAUCAGCAAGAUCUUCAUAAAGCCGUAAUGUCAUGCAAGUAUUCAGCAGUGAUCAGUGCUCUUUAUGGUGUACCAUUUUUCCUUUGGGGAAGAACAGUCUAAAUUAAUGAAACAUCUGAUUAGUUGAGUAGUAAAAAUAAACAGAGAUGUAUUGCUUUCAAGUCUUAAGGGUGGCAUAGUAGUGUUAAUUAAAUAUUUCUUAGUUUAUUUGAACCAGUUGAUGUACUAAAAUGUAAUUAUCUGAUUUAUGAUUAGCAUAUUAAUUUUUAUAAUAAUUAUUUCUUCUCAGUUAUUGGGGGUGGCUAAAAAAAACAAGAAAGUUUUUAGGACAUGAUUCUUCCUGUAAUUUUAUUUACAUGAUUGUUGUAGCAUAAUUUUUUUUUUUAAAAAAGGAAAGCUUAGGUCCCAGCUCCUAUUUAAAUUAUCAUGGUUUUUGACUAUUAUCUGAAUUAGAUUUAUCUAAAUUUCACAUGCAGAAGAGUAGUUUUCCAUUUUCUGUGCGUAUAAGAUGGUAUACCAUUAUUUUCAUAGGGUAUGUUUCUAUUAUUGAUCUAUCAAAUUGUUAUAUCAACUUAAUUGAGAGUCCUCCAAACCUUAUAAAAUUUAGACAUAUAAUUUGUUUGAUGGGCUUUAAAAAUUAAACUUCUCCAGCCAUAACAUGAUAAGAAUCAGUCUAGGUCUCGAAGUUAUCAGACUGUGGUCCUGUAUUAAUUUUGCAAGCCAAUAUUAAUGUUUACUGCCAGCCUUGCAUAGCAAUGCCAGUUUGCAGCCAUGACUGUGUGGGUGAAUUUUGGUAACUAUGGAUUAUAUCUAAAGCAGCUUAGAUUUUAUAAAAGUAACUCAUGAUUAUUUGGAUAAGCAGGAUAGGUAAAUUUCAAUUACAUUUAAGUUGCAAUUAAGGAAUUCCUAGAGCAUUCUUUCCAAAAUAAAGGCUAAAUAAGUAUUUGUAAAUUAUCCUAGCAUGAAAGACUUUUUUGAACAUACAUAGAAUUUUGACAAGGUUCAUAGUGUGUGAUUUAUUUUUUUUUUUUAAUUUGUGGCUUGCUACUUUGUGUUGAUUUAAAAUUUUGAGGAGGAAUAGACUAUUCUAGCCAAGAAGAAGUGUAAAAGGUUAAAUUUUUUGCUGCUGAUUUAAGUAUGCAUAUUUCACAGCUGAAUGUCCCUCUUUGUAUGUAAGUUUUGUUAUAAAGAAGGGACAUUUUUCUAGACAGAUAACAUUUUCUUAAAUUGGAAAAGAGAAAUAGAUCCACAGUUCUGAAACCAAACAAAAUUAAAAACUGUGCCUUCUCCCUUAAAUCAUAGGAACAGUAAUAAUUAGUCAAAAAGUGCUCAAACUGUAUUUUAAUUCCUUACUUUUUAAUUCCUUUCAUUUUUCCUUAGCUCUGCCUUCAACAAUCAAGUUGUUUGCUUUUGCCUGUUUGCUUGCAGGUUCUUUAGACCAGAUCUCACCCUAUCACUGUCAGAAGUUGUUCACUAAAUGUAUUUUUCUAUUUCUUUUAUGUAGCUCCACUUUUUAAGUCAUCUUGGUAAAAGGGUGACUGUCUCAUGCUUUAAAAAUGAAUGCAAUGAAUAGCAAUCUUUAUGUUUCAACCCUUUAAGGAUUUUGUUAAAGGAAUAAAAUAAUGCAGAGCUAUAAACAAAAUCUAAUUUGGACUCUGGUUCUCAAUUAGGCUGCUGUGACAGCUGCAAAUUACAUAAAUUAUUUAAUUUUCUCACCUACAAAUUAUGGGUAAUACUUAACCUACCUCACAGAUGUGUGUGAGAAAUUGAAGGGCCCUGGUUUAAAACAUGCUGGGUUUACCAUACCCAUAUUUAAUAUAAAUCCCUUCCUUUUUUCUUUUAUAGAUAUCUUUGAUACUGAUAGGAUGAGUAUCUUGAUUUUUAGGUAAGUCUUAUGUUGUAGUUUAAUAUUGUGUCAGAAUAUUUAAUGCCACAGUUUCACAGAUUAUGGUGUUCUUAUUUAAGUGAUUUAAAAUUUCUUGAAAAAUCAAAUAUUCAAAUAUCAAACUUGUCUUUUGCUGCGACAAAUAUGUUAUUGAGAACUUCUUAAGAUGUCGGCUGAAGCUGCCUUAAUAUACCAAAAAAAAAAAAAAA